GAGCGCGUGAGGCGAGAGGCCGAGGGCGCCGCCGCCAGGAUGCUCCGCUGCAUGCCGCCGCUGUGGCGCUGCAACCGGCAGGUGGAGGCGCUGGACCGGCGGCACUGCUCGCUGCAGGCCGUGCCCGACGACGUCUACCGCUACAGCCGCUCCCUCGAGGAGCUCCUGCUCGACGCCAACCAGCUGCGGGAGCUGCCCAAGCCUUUCUUCCGACUCCUGAACCUGCGCAAGCUUGGCCUGAGCGACAAUGAGAUUCAGCGCCUUCCCCCCGAGGUGGCCAACUUCAUGCAGCUUGUGGAGCUGGACAUCUCCCGCAAUGACAUUCCGGAAAUUCCUGAAAGCAUCAAAUUCUGCAAAUCCUUGGAGAUCGCGGACUUCAGUGGAAACCCCUUGUCUAGGCUCCCGGAGGGCUUCACCCAGCUGCGCAGCCUGGGCCACCUGGCCUUGAACGACGUCUCCCUGCAAAGCCUGCCCAGUGACAUUGGCAAUUUAGCCAACCUGGUGACCUUGGAGCUACGCGAGAACCUGCUCAAGUCUCUUCCUGCUUCCCUCUCCUUCCUGGUCAAAUUAGAACAACUGGACCUUGGGGGCAACGACCUGGAGGUGUUGCCGGACACACUGGGCGCACUGCCAAAUCUGCGGGAGCUGUGGCUGGACAGGAACCAGCUGUCGUCACUGCCCCCUGAGCUGGGCAAUCUGCGCCGCCUGGUGUGCCUGGAUGUUUCUGAGAACAAGCUGGAGCAGCUGCCAGGCGAGGUCAGUGGGCUGGUGGCCCUGACAGACCUGCUGCUCUCACAGAACCUGCUGGAGUCCAUUCCGGAUGGGAUUGGCCAGCUGAAGCAGCUCUCCAUCCUGAAGGUGGACCAGAACCGGCUAGGGGAGGUGACGGAGGCAAUUGGGGACUGUGAAAACCUGUCAGAGCUCAUCCUGACGGAGAACAUGCUGACGAUGCUCCCUAAGACCCUGGGGAAGCUCACCAAGCUGACCAACUUGAAUGUGGACCGGAACCGACUGAUGGCGCUUCCCCCUGAGAUUGGGGGCUGCAGCAGCCUCAACGUGCUCUCCCUGCGGGACAACUGCCUGGAGUUCCUGCCUCCCGAGCUGGCCGGCACCGUGGAGCUGCACGUGCUGGAUGUGGCUGGCAACAGGCUGCAGCACCUGCCCUUUGCCCUGACCAAUCUCAACUUGAAGGCACUCUGGCUGGCAGAGAACCAGUCGCAGCCGAUGCUCAAGUUCCAGGCAGAGGAUGACGAGAAGACCGGGGAGAAAGUGCUCACCUGCUACCUCCUCCCGCAGCAGCCGUCGCCCAGCCUGGAGAACCUGCAGAACAGCCUGGACGACAGCUGGAUGGAUACCAACCUCAACCGCGUCAGCGUGAUUCAGUUUGUGGAUGAGCCCAAGUUGGAUGAGGAGGAGGAGCCGGGGGCCGAGAGGAGGGGCCUGCAGCGAAGGGCAACUCCCCACCCAAGUGAGCUGAAGUCCAUGAAGAAGGUGAUGGAAGGGCGCCGCAGCGAGGCAUCUGCUGCCAAACUGGACACCCAGCCCGAUUCUUCCAGUUCAGAGGAGAAGAGGCUGAGUGCCACCUCCAACCGCAGCGAAGACUCGCGUGUCUCCAGCAGCACCGUCUCUGCCAGCUUCCAGGAGGCAGCAGUGGUGGCAGCAAAGCACCUGCGGGAGGCCUCAAGGCCAGAAGAGGCAGUGAGGGCCACUGAGGGGCAGGAGGAGGAGGAGGAGCAGGAAGGCUGGUGGCGGCGGCGGCGGCAACAGCAGGAGGCCAUGGGGGCUGUGGAGGAAGCCCCAGCUGGCCCUGAGGAGGAGGAGGAGGAGCUGGAGUACAAUGAGCCCACGGUGCACUUUGCAGAAGACACACUGGUGCGCAGCGAGGAGGAAGAGGAGGCGGAGGAAGAGCACCCGUUCCCAGCAGGGAAGCAGCGGCUCAUCCGCAAGGACACCCCCCACUACAAGAAGCAUUUCAGGAUCGCCCAGCUGCCCCGACCAGAGGCAGUGGUGGCCCUUUUGCAGGGGCUGAGUGCUGAGGGGGGGCACCAGGAGAAGGAGGCCGCCCCCGUGGAGGAGCAGGAGCAGGAGCAGGAGCAGGAGCAGGAGGCGGCCAGGUGGGAUGGAGACCAAGCCCAGGAUGGGGCUGCACCUGCCCCACCCUCCUCGGUCAAGGGGGUGUCGUUUGACCAAGCCAAUAAUCUGCUGAUUGAGCCUGCUCGCAUUGAGGAGGAAGAGCUGACUCUGAGCAUUGUGCGGCAGACGGGGGGGCUGGGCAUCAGCAUUGCGGGGGGCAAAGGCUCCACACCCUACAAGGGAGACGAUGAGGGCAUCUUCAUCUCCCGCGUCUCUGAGGAGGGUCCGGCUGCCCAGGCAGGGGUGCGGGUGGGGGACAAGCUCCUGGAGGUGAACGGGGUGCCUCUGCAGUGUGCGGAGCACCAUGUGGCAGUGGAGGCUCUGCGUGGCUCGGGCACCACGGUCUCCAUGACGGUUCUGCGGGAGCGGAUGGUGGAGCCGGAGAACGCUGUCACAGUGACCCCGCUGCGGCCGGAGGACGACUACAGCCCCCGGGAGCGGCGGGGGGUCGGCCUGCGCUUCCCGGAGAGGCCCGAGGGAGCCCCCCUGACGGAGCGCCUCUCCACGUGCCUCAUGCGCAACGAGCGGGGGCUGGGCUUCAGCAUCGCUGGCGGGAAGGGCUCCACACCCUACCGGCCAGGGGACACGGGGAUCUUCAUCUCACGGAUUGCAGAGGGGGGCGCAGCCCAUCGGGACGGGACCCUCUGUGUUGGUGACAGGGUCAUCUUGAUCAAUGGGGUAGACAUGACGGAAGCCAGGCAUGAUCAGGCCGUAGCGCUGCUUACUGCCGCCUCCCCCACCAUUGCGCUGCUGGUAGAGAGAGAGGCUGUGCCCGCUGCCCCCACCGCCGCCACCCAGCCCAGCGAGGAAGACCUGCCCUUGGGGCAGCGGGCACAGCGGGCACACUCUCCGCCACCACCGACCCCCACCCGCGGGGAGAGCCCACCUGAGGAGACACCCCUGCCCCACAGGAGCCACCCCGCCCAGAGCCUGGAGGGCCAGUACCCCACGGAGGAGGUGAUCCUGGUCAAAGCGGGGGGUCCGCUGGGGCUCAGCAUUGUGGGCGGCAGCGACCACUCCAGCCACCCCUUUGGGAUCCAUGAGCCGGGGGUCUUCAUUUCCAAGGUCAUUCCUCGUGGCCUGGCCUCUCGCAGUGGGCUGCGGGUGGGAGACCGGAUCCUGGAGGUGAAUGGUAUUGGCCUCCGACACGCCACGCACCAGGAGGCUGUGAGUGCGCUGCUCUCCAACACUCAGGAGCUGAGAAUGGUUGUCCGGAGAGACCCUCCGCCACCUGGCAUGCAGGAGAUCUGCAUUGAAAAGAGGCCAGGGGAGAAACUUGGCAUCAGCAUCCGAGGAGGCGCCAAGGGCCACGCAGGGAACCCCUUUGACCCCACGGACGAGGGCAUCUUCAUCUCUAAGGUCAGCUCCACGGGGGCUGCAGCCCGUGACGGGCGGCUGAGGGUGGGCAUGCGCAUCCUGGAGGUGAACCACCAGAGCCUGCUGGGCAUGACGCACACGGAAGCGGUCCAGAUCCUGCGCGCUGUGGGAGACACCCUUCUGGUGCUGGUCUGCGAUGGGUUUGACCCCAAGGCUGUGGUGGCCAUUGAGAUAUCUCCUGGGAUCAUUGCCAAUCCCUUUGCGGCCGGCAUUGGGCGCAAGAACAGCCUGGAGAGCAUUUCCUCCAUUGACCGGGACCUCAGUCCGGAGGAGCUGGACGUCCUUCAGAAGGAGUUGGAGAUGGUGAGGGAGACAACCCAGUGGGAGAGGGAAGAGACGGAGAAAGUGGAGCGUAAGCGCCGGGAGCGGGAGACGGCCACGCAGCUCCUGGCGGAGGAGGAGGAGGAGGAGGCCGAGGGCCUUGGUGCUGAGCCCCUGCAGCUGGACUACCGCACCUUGGCAGCGCUCCCCAACAGCGGCCUCCAGAAAGCCACCCGAGGUCUUGCCCCUCCUGCCAUGGAAAGGGACCCACGGGCGCCUCCCCUGCCGGCCCCCCCUCCCUUGGACCUGGGCCAGGCAAGCAGCGCCAUGGCCCCCACCAAGGGGGCUGCCCUCUCACUGCCAGCUGUGGAGGUGGAGGAGGAAGAGAGCUUGGUGGACUCGCAGCCCAUCCCCUUCAGCGCCAAUCCCUUUGUGCUGGCCAACCAGCAGGGCAAGGCGUGCCUGGGGGGGCCUCCCCUUGGCUAUGGCAAGGGGGGAGUGCUGAAGACCAGCCUCUGCACCAAGGCCCUUUCGGGGGAAGGGGAACCAGGAGCCGCCUGGCGAGACACUCCCUACUCUCCUGGCAGCCAGCAGCCUCCUGCUGCCCCCCGGCCAGCCCACCUGGUGGGCAGAGAGACCCGCUUUGCUGCCGUCCACUUUGUUCCCAGCCACAGCGAAAGCAAGUCCUCGACCAAGCCGGGCGUGAUCCAGCCCAUCACCCGCAUGCGGCCCGCCCCAACCCUGGCGACCUUGGAAGGCCGGGACAGCCCCAAUCCAUUCCAGCAGGCUGAGCUCUGCUCCAGCACCCACAACUCUCCGCGAUCUCCCAGGCCCCCCUCGCCAGGCGACGUCCCCGUCAGCGCCAAGCAGGCCUACAAGGCCUUUGCGGCUGUCCCCGUUCCGCAUCUGCUGCUGGAGCCUGAGGAGCCCCAGAAGCAGAAAAGUGCAGAGAAGCCUCAAUCCCUCUCUGAGGUGAGCUGCAGGGGAACAGGGGGGCCUGUUUCUCCUGCCCAGGCUCCGCUGCUGGGAGGCGGCCUGCACAGCCCAGAGCAGAGGUCCUUCCGCGAGAGGCAGAAGUACUUUGAGGUGGAGCUGAAGCAGCAGCCGGCCGAGAAGCCACCCAAGAGAGUGUCGCUGGUUGGGGAGGAAGACCUGAGGAAGAUGAAGGAGGAGGAAGCUCGCAAACUGCAGCAGAAGCGAGCUCAGCUGCUGGAGGAAGAGGAGGAGGAGGAAGAGGAAGAGGCGGAGGUUGCCAGGCAGAGACACCACCCAGAUGUUCCCUCCAGCAUCUUCAUUGAGGGCGUGGAGUACAAAGUGGAGAAGCUGGAUGGGCAGAGCCUGCUGCCCUCCACGCCCUGGUUCCCAGAGCCGGAGAGGCACAACGGCUCCCCGCAGAGGGAUUCCCUGGAGGAGGGCCGGAGGCUGGAGGUGCGGCCCACGACCAUGGCUGGGCUGAGCCCCGUGUACCCCAGAGGUGGCAGUGAGCCUGGGGCUCCCGUGAGGACAGCGAAGGCCGAGCGCCGGCAGCAGGAGCGCCUCCGCAUGCAGAGCCCAGAGCUGCUCAGCGCCCAGGAGAGGAAAGAGCUCUCCCCAGCCGAGCGCCGGGCGCUGGAGGCCGAGAAGAGGGCCAUGUGGCGAGCAGCACGACUGCAGCACCCGAAUCCUGACUUCUCCAGGCAGGCUGACUCCAGAUGGCGGAAGCACCUGCAGACUCAACGAUGCCAGCAGCUCAGUGAGCCAGGAGCAAGAUGGACAGGCAGCAGCCCAGGAGCCCCUUGGGGCACACGACCCCUCGACUCCCAGUGCAACUCCCCCUCGGGAAGAGAUGGGGCUCUGCAGCAGCAGCGGCAAGCACAAACUCCGGCCAACCCAGCACACCCUGGAAACUGCUGUCCCCACAUAGUAGACUUGCCCUUGGGGGCUGUUAGAAACACCACCAAGCCAAGUGGGGGGGUCCGCUCUGUGGACAGUGUGGUGAUGUGGCCAGCUGGCUUACAGGUGGGCCUGGACAGAACAAGCUCCCUGGAGCCUCAGCUGGCAUCUUGUGGGCUGUGACUCUCCCUCCUCCUCCUCACCACGCAGAGGGGCAGGUUGUGAGCAAACUGGGGCCGAAGAGAGCAGUGAGAGGGACGGGGGGACCCAUGCAGGGCAUGUGUGCGUGUAAAUAUUGGGUAGGAGUGUGUGUGUGUGCGUGCGUGCGUGCAAGGGCAGGGGUGCCCAGGUGCUGCAGCUGCUUCAGGCUGACCAUCGUUUGCAGAGGGCCCAGCCCCAGCUGACAUUUGCCAAACAGCGAGGGGGCCACCUGGGAAGCACCAGCUGUCCUGCCCCCUCCCCAGUUCAGGGCAAAGGGCAGCAGAGGGACAGCAGCCUUGUGCAGGAUGGGGAGGGAGUUAUUGCCAAGUGCUGCCAUUUUCCUUCUUCUGUAGAGCCUGGGGGCCCAUCCAUGCCGUGAGGGGGGCACGGGCGGAAAUGGGCACUUCUGCCUCUUCAGCAAGGGUUGGAGGGAACGUUUGGGAGCUGCCUGGUGCUAGCAAACAUAGAGCAUCGUGGGAGCAAGCGUAGGAGCAGGCUAGUUUCAUUAGGAUGGGGUGAAGCAGAUAGAAGGUACAGCUAAAUGGGGGGGAUUUGGUGUUUGGGGUGCAGGGAGAAGGGUAGUGCAGGGUAGGACAAAGAUGUUGGGGCACAGGUUGGCGGCCAAGGGCCAGGGCUGCUGCUUGCUCUGCCUGCUGGCUCCAGCCUCUCGGGCCCCUUUCAGAGAACAGUGGCACUGCCUGUGCGUGGCAGUGGCUUAGCCUCGCUCCUCGCUGGGUGGUGGUGAGCAGUGGGUGGCGCUGGCUGGCGUGUGUGUGUGUGCUCUCAUCACGUGUGCAAACUUGCCAGGCAGCCUCUGCCAAAGGACAAGAUGCAGAACCUCCUCAUGCCAAAAUCAGAGGGUCAUUUUAACAGAACAUCUAUGUUCGUCUCCAGAGGGCGAGAGGGGAGGUUUCCCUCUGCCUGCCUCUCUCUAGCUGCACAGUGGCUGCUUCCACAGCAGCAGUUAGAGCUUUUUGAUUUUAAUCUAAUUUUAGCAUUUGCUUUUAAUGAGCAAUUUGGGAAGUGAUCAGGCAGGGUUUCCAUGACUAACAUACAACUUCUCUAGGUGCUGGGCUGUGGCAUGUCUCUCCUGUCUGUCUGUCUCCUCUCCCAGAACUCUCCGAGGGAGGAUCAAGACUGUAACUAGUGACAUUUGUACACCAAAGAAAUCUAUUUUGUGGUUCAAGGACAAUAAAGUUUACUUUACAUUUUAGAAA